AUUUACUUCAGAUAAACCGAGAGAGGUGGAGAGAAAGAAAGAAAAAAAAAGAGGGGGAGGAGGAAGGAAGAGGAAGAGAGAAUUGUGGAAGAUGUGCACGGGAAGAUGUGCAGAACUUUUUUUUCGAUGAGUUAGAUCUCGAGAGUAAUCGCGCGUAUGCAUUUCGUAAUGAUGAUGAUAGUUCGCCUAUAGCGAUUUAUAAACCAGAAACGCGAUAACGAAAGCGAUAUAAUAUAAGCGAUGCUUUUCGACGUUCGUCCCAGUAAACACUUCCUUAUCGUCGAGGAGCAGCGGCAAGCGGUCGCGUUUACCGCAGAACCACCACGUACGAUUUCGCUCACGACGAGCGAUACUUGUUAAUACCUUAGAUCACGCAAGAUUAUUGCCGACCCGUCCGUCGUAAGGAACGGACUAAAGAUCUCCGCGCGAGAUAAAAAGGUAUUAACGGGAAGAAAGAAAGAUGGGAGACCCGGGCGAGAGAACCGUGUCGGACGAGCGACUGAACGCCUAUUUGCGUACAUACGUAAAAAUCACCGGGCUGACAGAUCCGAAAUUUCGCGUGAUCGAGGCGACGAAUAAGGGCGACAAUUACGUCAGUCUCGUCUAUCGCGUCGCGAUCGAGGGCACCGAGAACCAAGGCGAGGCCAAGAAAAUCGACCUGAUCCUAAAGACGACGCGGACUUAUUCCGACGAGGUGCUGACCAACAGCAGCGUCACGAGGAUGUUCCAGCGCGAGAUGUUCUUCUAUCAGGAGAUCCUGCCGAUCUUCGAAAGGACGAUGAGGGAACACGGCGAGGUCUUGGAGCGCUUUCCCGCCCUGUGCGACGCUUAUGACGAGUCCGGAAAGGAGAUGCUGAUGUUAGAGAAUUUGGCGCCCCAAGGUUUCGUGAUGGCCAAGUCAAAAAUCAUGGAUUAUCCACAUGCCAGCCUGGCGUUGAGAUGUCUAGGUGAAUUUCACGCGUGCAGCUUCAUUACGCGUUCCGCGGAUCCGACGAGCUUCGAAAAAUUAAGGCGGAUGAAGGAACACGUAUUUCUUAAAGAAACAAAUGCAAAUGAAAUUUCCAAUGCUGUUACAAGCAUACGUCACAUCGUCGUAAACGUAAUAAAGGCUUUGGCAAUCGAAGACAAGCAUUAUUCUGAACGAUAUCAACGAUUUGCAGAGAAUAUGAGAGAGAACAUGAUAGAUUCAGUCGAUGGAAGUGCUGCUGAACCAUACGCCGUUGUAAAUCACGGUGAUGCUUGGACUAACAAUAUGCUCUUCAAAUACGACAAAGAAAAUAAUCCAUGCGACUUGCGUUUUAUAGAUCUUCAAUUAUGUCGUUACGCAUCUCCCGUUUUAGAUAUACUUUAUAUACUCUUUUGCUGCUGCACACAAGAAAUGAGAAGUAAAUAUUAUGAUCAGCUGAUACACGAAUAUUACGAAACCCUAUCCAAGUGCCUCGAAAGAGCCGGUUACGAUCCUAACGUUCUCUUUCCUCACGAAGCAUUAUCCGAACAUUUUACCAGAUUCGGCAAAUAUGCAGCGGGAAUGGCUACUUAUACCUUGCAUAUAUUUACCAGUGAUGGCGUAGAAAUAAAAAAUACGUACGAAAAAAAAAUGCUCGAAGACAGAUUACAAAAUGAUAGUCGUUACAGAAAUAUGUUAAUAGGUACUUUCAAAGAUCUUGUCGAUAAAAAUUAUAUAUGAAUACUUUCACGAUAUUGAUAUCGUGAAUACGAACAAAAAGUACAAUCUUGAAGUUGGAAAUAAAAUGCUGUAUAUUAAACUUAGAAAUCAAUCCAAUCGUGUGAGUACAAAUAUAAGCUUGCUUAAAUUAAAAAAAUUUCAUUAGUGAUAAUACGUUUGCGUGGACGUCACAAGAAUGUUUGCGCAUUUGUUUUUUUUUGUUUUUUUGUUUUUGUUUUGUUGUUUUUAAUAAUCUUAUUUGUUGCGAGUCUUGAUCAAAAUAUCAAAAUAUCAAAAUAUUGAAACAUACAGAUAUCUAUACAGAUAUCCUUUGUAUUAUAUAGAUAUUGCUGAUAUAAAUAUAGAUAAAUAUCUUUAUAGAUGUGCGAGAUUAGAUAUCGCAGAUUUUUAAUAAAGAACUUAAAAAAUCACAAGCUUUAUGAAUAAUGUUUGCGUAAUGAAAUUUUUGCAAAAAAAGUUGAUUUUUUUAUAUAUUUACUAAAGAAACUAUUAAAGAGAUAACACGCAACUUUUUUACAUUAUAAUACACAAAAAUUACGAAUUAAAAUAAAAUUUAUAUUCAUAGAGUCGUGAUAUCUACAUGUCUUUUUACUAUUUGAACUUUUUAAAGUUCAAACUUUGUUAGAGCGCUUUCUCCUAAAAAAUUUUGCUUAGAGAAAAAGCAGAAAUUUUAUAAGAGAUAUAUUUUAAAAUGAAAUAUACAAUUUCAAAUAUACAAAAUAAAGGCAAUCUACAUUAGUAAUAAAAGGAAUACUAAUUAAUUGAUGAUGUAUCUUGAUUCUUAAUAAUAAGGUCGCCUCGGAUUAUUCUGAAAAAAAAAAAAAAA